AUGAGUCAACCACUGAAAGUCAUUAUCGUUGGGGCAGGGCUAUCAGGCUUAGCCAUCGCGCAUGGAUUGAAACGAAAUGGGAUCGACCAUGUCAUUGUUGAAAAGGAGAGUGCCCCACGCGACCGUAAUUGGGGGGUGACAAUUGCUUGGAGCCAUCCCUUUCUUGCCAAGCUGCUUCCUGAGGACAUUUUCCAAAGACUACGAGAAUGUCAACCAGAUCCCACGCUGGACUCCAAGGAAGCAGGUUGUGAGAGUGUCAUGAUUCGAGAUGGUCAGACUGCAGCUACCAUAGUUGAACCUCCUUUUCCGGGGGUCCGAAGAUUGAACAUCCAAAAGACAAGGACGAUAUGGUCCGAAGGCCUGGACGUCCAGUUUGGAAAAGCUCUCACCGAUAUUGAAGUGACGGAUGACGGGGUAGUGGCCCGCUUCCACGACGGAACCUCAGAGUCCGGAACGGUCCUGGUGGGUGCCGAUGGAGGGGGCUCAUGGGUUCGACGUUGGCUCCUGGGAGACGCGGCGACGGCCAGAGUCUUGCCGUACACAUUCAUCAACUUUCCCAUGCAGUAUACGGCCGAACAAGCCUUGAAAAUGGACAAAAUGAUCCAUCCCAUUGUUGAAGUCGGCAUCCACCCGAAGUCGAUGUAUAUUGGUAUUUUUCUUCUCGACAAACCAGUGCUUGACAAGCCCGAAUCUUGGAUCUACUAUAUCCUUGCGACAUGGCCCAAGCAAGAACAAAUUGGCGAUGUAUCUGGAGACGAAAAUAUGGUGGAUGAAUUGCGACGACGAAUGGAUGGGUGGACUGAUCCAUAUAAGUCAGCUGUCGAAUGGGCGCCGAAAGAUGUCAAAGCAAAGGCCGUGCCGUUCAAGAUCUGGGCCCCUUCCUCCAACUGGGACAAUCACGGUGGAAGGGUGACAUUGUCCGGAGAUGCCGCUCACAGCAUGACAUUCCACCGUGGCCAAGGAGCCAACAACGCCAUUCGAGACAGCGAGAGAUUUGUUAACGCCAUGCUGAAGGUGAAAUCCGGUGAGAGCACACUUGCAGAUGCUGUUGCUGAGUACGACGAGGAUGUCAUCACUCGAGGAAAGCAAGAGGUCGAAGUGUCACGGUUGCAGACGAAUGCUUUCCAUGACCAUGCCAAUUUCUCCAGCAGCCCGAUCAUGAAGCAUGGGAUCAAGCCGACGAUUGACCUCAACAACAUUAAGAGUGCGCCGAAGGGCCAGUAG